AUGUCGUCCGAUGGCCCCGCACACCGAGUCCAAUCUGCUGUGGUUGAGUAUGGAUAUCCUCAGGGCCAUCUCGGACAUCUCUCCUCGGACGAAGAAGCAGCGUUCAAGAACUUCAAGAUAGUCUGCGAGGAAAAGGGAUACUACAAACCUGGGACUGGGGACGAGCCUGGUACACACGAUGAUGCUACAUUACUACGCUUUCUCCGGGCCCGCCGGUUCAUUGUACCAGACGCCCUCAAGCAGUUCACAGACACAGAGGAUUGGCGCAAGGCAAACCAAUUAGACCAGCUAUAUGAGACCAUAGACAUAGAACACUACGAAGAGACACGUCACUUGUACCCACAGUGGACCGGCCGUCGCGAUCGCCGCGGAAUCCCCGUCUACGUUUACGAAGUCAAGCACCUAAACAGCAAAACCAUGGCCGCGUACGAGAAAUCCGCCAAAGAGACCAACUCAAAAGCGCAAACGGACGGCAAGACCUCCCCCAAACUCCUCCGCCUCUUCGCACUCUACGAGAACUUAAUAAGAUUCGUGAUGCCGCUGUGCACAGCGUUGCUGGAUAGAGAUCAUCCCCGCACGCCGAUUACGCAGAGCAAUAAUAUUGUGGAUAUUAGUGGGGUGGGAUUGAAGCAGUUUUGGAAUCUGAGGACGCACAUGCAGGAUGCUAGCACCCUGGCUACGGCUCACUACCCGGAAACUCUUGAUCGAAUCUUUAUAAUCGGCGCCCCCGCAUUCUUCCCCACAGUCUGGGGCUGGAUAAAACGCUGGUUCGACCCCAUCACCACCUCCAAAAUCUUCAUCCUGUCACACCACGACCUGCUCCCCACGCUCGAAUCCUUCAUCGAACCCGCCAACAUACCCAAAAAGUACGGCGGGCAGCUAGACUACACGUUCGGCGAUAAGCCGGUCGUCGACCCGGCGAUGGAGCAUUUCAUCAAGUGGGAAGGCGACAGGAAGGAGUUUCCGCGGGGCCCGAUGUAUUGGGUUAAUUUUGAUGAGGAAGGGGAGAAGGGGAAAGCGGGGAAGACAGGCUUCGAUAUGGAGGCGCUGGCCGUUGGUGCGGAGGGCGGGAAGGAGAGAAGGGAGAAGAUCUGUAGGAUUGAG